GCAUGGCCGCAGGAGCCACAGCGCUGCUGACUUGGUUUGGUUCGUCCAGAUUGAUAACACCGCUUCUCGUGCGCUCUCAUGUGGCGGAGCCGCUGGUCAGGGGACAUUUAACCCGGAGACUGUGAGCGUUUACGCGCGGCGGAGACGUUUGAUUUACGGCGUGCGCUCUUGUUCGGCAGGGCAAGGAGCGCUCAGGCAGCCGGAGGAGCUGAAGCUGCUGGUUUGAUUCUUCUCCUUCUUUUUUGGCUUCCCGAAGCUGGAGACAGCGACAGAACAGGGACUGUAUUUCUGCUCUCUUCUAUCGUUGGAAACAUUUAUUGACUGAUUUUUUAAAUAUAUUUGUCCUCUGCGCACGAAGCGUUGCCUCUUCUCUGGGAAAAUUCAGUGCGAGUUAGAGAAACUGUUCUCUAAGCGGAGCGGAGUUGAGCCGGAGGAAGAUUGUUCGCGGUGCAAACAGAAUUAUUGUGGAUUUUCACCGACUGUUUAACUAGUUUCAGAAGAACUGUUUCACAUUCAAGCGAGUGCAGAGUAAGCGUUUAGCGCAGAGUAAACGACCUGACUGUUAAAAACGCGGGCUGAGCAAGAAUCCGCUGUUUUAAAAGAAGAUAAUUAACAUUUUUGUUUUAUUAUAAAGACCGAGGAAGGAUCUAGGCUGCAUCUGUGCGGGAAUAAGCGGACUCUCAUCCCUUCACAUCACAGCAUUUCACUACCACAUCCAUCAGAACAUUUAAACCCGAACCGGGAGGGACUGUAAUCGGUUUCGCUUCUUCGGAGUUCCAGAGCAAAUAUGCCGCAGGUGGAAAUGAUCCUCUUCCUCAUCCUCAUCAUAGGGAUGUGUGUGUACGGCCAGGACCCGGCUUCCAAGGUGGUGUCCGACCGCUACGCCGUCUACUGGAACCGAACCAACCCCAAGUUUUACCGGGGUGAUUACCACAUCGAUGUCUGCAUCAACGACUACCUUGACGUCUAUUGUCCACACUACACUGGCCCGGUCCCCGACGAUCGGGCCGAGCGCUACGUCCUCUACAUGGUGAACUACGACGGCUACAGCUCCUGCGACCACACUGCCAAGGGCUUCAAACGCUGGGAGUGCAACAGGCCUCUGUCACCAAACGGACCGCUCAAGUUCUCAGAGAAGUUCCAGCUCUUUACUCCUUUCUCCUUAGGCUUCGAGUUUCGCCCUGGCAGAGAGUAUUAUUAUAUCUCCUCUGUCGCUGACGACAAGGGAAGGAGGAUCUGCCUUCGACUCAAAGUCUUCGUCAGGCCUCAAAACAAUUGUGUGAAAAACUCCGGGAGCGUGCAGGAAGGGGUCGAAUUCGACGACAACAGUCACAACUCCCUAGAACCCAGAGAUGGCAUCGGCCACGAGUCACCAGAGCCAGCUCGAAGGGAUGUGAAUUCUGUUGGUCUGCGCCAGAGUUCAGUCCUCCUGCUCAGCUCUGCCCUCAUACUCCUGGCUGCCAUCUUGUCUUUAUAGCACCUAAGUCUGAGGAAUCGCCCCCACCCACACCCCGCACCCCCUCCCCAGGAAUGGACUGUCCUGAUUGGACCACAGGCCGCCCUACCCUACAAUCCCUCCCCUUGAAGGAGCACUUUUUAAAAAAGAAAAAAAAAAACAAAACACUGACAAUCUCUCUCAGUGAAAAGAGAGAGGAAGGGACUUCGACGCUGAAGCCUUUGUUGUUUUUUGACUUUGAAAAAUGCCAACUAGUGUGAUUCUUGACUUUGUGCUGGGUGCUCGAGGCACCCCGAGGUGAAAGAGUGCUUUACCUGUUCGCCUCGCUGCUGUUCACAGUAUGCAGAUGUUACACAUUUAUUUGCGUUUGAGAGAAGCACACAUUCAUUCUUUUAAGCAUACACACACAUUGACCACAAAUUAAACACAAUCACUCUUUAGCGCGAAUGGCAAAGAAGCACAGCAGGAUCCCUCAGAAGUUUACAGACUUUUAACAUUUUUGUGUUCGACCCCCCGCCCCGCCCCCCGCCCCCGACAUGUAACAUUAUUAAAUCUCACGUCAAAGUGGAAAAGGUUUCAAAGAAGAUCUGGGAGCAACACAUCACAUCAAGGGCCAACGGAAAGGAAAACAAGAGGGAUGCUGUUGCUAGGAGACUGUUGCCGAGGGCAAGUGGAGUUACGGGACAAGCCAUUGAUGACUUAACCUUCCUCUCAGGUUAAAAAGGAUGCAUUGUCUCAGACUGUAGAGGACCCUUGUUGAGAGUUAAAAAAAAAAAAAAAAAUUAAUGAAGCACUGAUCUUCUAGUGUUUGGAUAGGAGCGAUUUAAUGAUUGAUUAAUGUGUUUGUUUUUUUUAAUAAAUCACGUAAUUCAAUUGUAGCAGCCAACACGGGUGUACAGUAAAAUAUUUGAACGGAGCGUAGAAGUCAAUAUGGUAUUUUGCCAGGCAAAAUGUAUUUUCCUAUUUAUUGUGAAGUCCUCGUGCUUUUUUUUUUUCCUGUUCUGGUUUAGUCUGUAAGUACAGUAGAAAGGCAAUAAAAAACAACCACGCUUACCCAUUAAAGU